CCCUGCUCCUGAUCGAGCCUUACAGACAUGAUGCUGCAGGAGAGCACUUCACAAGAUUGUUACAGGAGCUAUCAGCAUAAGAGAAGCUGAUGUGCUGCAGUCUGUGCCUCACAUUUGGCUUCAUAUUCCCUCUCCUUUUUCAUUGGGAUUUGAGAUAAAUAACUAACUAAAUAUACAUGCGGUAUCGGGAGAUCUCUGGCUGGACCUGUCUCAAGGGGGUUUCCCCAUGUUACCCUCUUGUCUCUCGCUAAUGGACAGACAGAUUUUUUAAAGUCUGACUCUGAACCAAAUAGAAUUUGGCAGAAUAAAUGUGAGUUUGUUCUUUUUAUAUAUAUUGUAGAGAUCUCUUUUUGGGAUCUUGGAAAGUUUGAAAGAUAUCUCUUUUGGGGAAUUUGUGGACUUAAACCAAACCUUUUUGUGGAUAACUUGUUUUGGGAAUCUACUCCAUAGUUACUGUUCCAGAAUGCUGUGUUCCAGAGGCAUGUUCCAGCAGUUGAGUCUAGUUGUGUUCCUGCUGUGCUCCCCAGUGCCUCUCUACGGAAGACCCAUCGAUGCUCUCACUAACAGAAUGAGGAGGUCAGUGAGCCACGCCCAGUUGAUGCACGACAAGGGGCGGUCUCUGGAAGAGUUCAAGAGACGCCUCUGGCUCCAGGGGCUGCUCGAUAAAGUCCACACAGCCGACAGCGAGCGAGCCCCGCCUCCCCAGAGUAGGAACAACGCCAACGGGGGCCACAUCACCUUCAGUGGGAGCGCCCUACGCCCCCCCAAACCCCCCGGAGGGACCAAGAACCUCCCUCUGAGUUUCCAGCUGGGAGGGGAGGUGGGCAACCUCCCCCAGGAGACCAACAAGUCUGUGGCCUACAAGGACCAGCCGCUGAAGGUGUCCACCAAGAGGAAAAAGAAGGUGAAGGGAGAGAGAGGGAGACGGAGGGAGAGCGAGAAGAGGAGGCGGCGGGCUCGCGACACAACCAUUGUCGUGACAUGGGAGACACAUAGGGAGCCACAGAGGACGCUAGAUAUUGGGUGACAGACAGACAGACCACAUCAUGUAGCCUUUGGGCRGUGCUGAACAAAUAACUCUGACAGACAGAGAAGUUCCAGCAGGACUGAUUGAGAUCUCAAAGACUCUCAACCAAAUGACUGAAACAGUCUCCCCAUACCAUAGUGGACAUUGUUCUUUGCCUUUCUUGUUUUAAUCAGCUGCUUUUUCUUUUUUCUUUUGCCUUGCUAUAAAGUACUUUUAUAUAUCCAGAGAUCAGAGGUGUUUUCAUACUUUAUAAUAACACAUAUUACUUUUGUAUUCGUAUUUAUUAGGUGAAUAAUAUGCAGAUCUUGAGAUAUGUCAAAUGACAAACUAUGCUUUACUCCUUCUCCUUUAUUAUCCUUUAAUUAGUAAGAAAACGAUGUACGACAGGUGCCUUUCAGGGGCUGAUCACACACUCAUCCAACCAGAUGCCCGUAUGUAAAGUAGAGCGCAGGCUACGCGGUAAACGUUACGCAUAAAACAUUUGUUAACUAUACAUACUUAAAUUCACAAAAUUAGGGAGGAUUAUUCUUUUUAAUGCUUGGUGGCUCUUGUGAAUAUUUUUUUUUAUCUGUAGUUAGCAUCCAUAACAAAUAUUUCUACCAUAAUUUAUUUCAUUUGAACUGUGUAUUUAUUUUUGUGAAUGUAUUACGGUGCUGCUGACUUUCGGUCAUUUUAUAAUAACAAUAUAAUGCACUUUAGAUAUAACGGUGAUAUCCUUAUGUUUUUGUUAAGAUACAUAAGUGUUCUCCUUUGUG